AUGUAUGGAUCGCAGCCUUCGGGUGAGAUUGCGACUGAACAGGCUGAAACCCCAACACCUCCCGGAUCAGACUUGUUUGAACAAGCUGUUGCUUUGCUAUACGUCUCAUCAGAGGAGCCUACAACAGAAGAUGUCGAGGCGUUGAAUCUCAUGGCUUUCUACUCUUACUCUUUGAAUCGCUGGAGAAUGGCCUACAAAUACGCAACACAGAGCUUAGCAGUAGCCAAGCUCUUGUUUCUGGACAGGAAUCCAAAUCUAUCUGCCUCUAGGCAAGAGGUUAUAGUCGAACAUCGAAAGCGCUUAUGGUGGACAUCCUUUUGCAUGGAGAGAAUGGUCGUGGCAGAGCUAGGACUGGCCCCAGCACACGCCGCGAAUAAGUUCGAUGCUGGGCUGCCUUCUUCACGAGACAUACCCGAAUCAGAAAUGGAUCAAUCUUUCGAUCCGAGUGUUCAGACAUUGCAGACACAAAUAUGCGAGAUCAAGUGCCAGAUAAUAGAAUCUGUCGGUUUCAGAUCUGGAAACUAUGCUAUUCGAGCUAUGGCCGUGCUUCGAUACAUUGCGGUCUUGGAAGGAGAGGGUACCUUCAUAUAUCUCAUAGACCUCUUCAAUCGCGGUAAACAUGCGCGAUUCGGUUAUUGGGACUCAGUGCACGCUUUCAGUAGCCUCUCCAUCAUCUCUAUUGCGAAGGCUAUCGCUCCCGAGCUUGCCGAAACCUCGGAGCUUAAUGAUGAGUAUCUCUACACCCAAUGCCGCCUCAUUUUGAAGGAAACGGCCGAAGCGGGUAAUCCGGCUGCCAGAGAUCGCAAUGCCUUGCUAGCCGACUUGGACAGCAUUGUCCAAAUGUUCACAACCAAUGAAGAUGCCGGACCGAUUGAAAGACCAGCAGAAUUUGAGGUUCCGUCAUUAGAGUUCUGCGAGAGCUUAUGGCCUGAUGUUGAUUGGCUAGAAUUCUUGAAUAAUUGCUCUCAGUGGGCAUAA